GGCCGUGUUGGCAGUGCGGUGCUGUAAAUUGAUUUCGCCUUCAUGUUUGUGCAACGGUGCAUUUUUUUAAUUGCACUUCUAUGUGCUUUAGAGCAUGUGAAGUGUAAGCAGUUGGAAGAAAAAUUCAAAAAAUUAAUCGAUGCAGAAUGGCAGUGCGACAGUAUUUGUGCAGGAUCAGGUGGAACGGCUCAAUUUAUACCUGAGUAUAAAAUUUGUAAAUGCUGGAUUGACAGUUACAUUGAUGAUGCUGAUUUGCAAUUGAUGUUAAAGAAUGCCCGGACGAUGGACUUAAAGUUGAUAACAGUGGAGCCAAUAACUAGUCGCCAAUCGUCCCGUGUUAAAAAAGAAAUUUCUAGCAGUAAUUUAGUUGAAGGUCCCAAAAAAUUAAACACCAAUUUUAAAUUUCCAACGAUAAAACCAGCAAACAAAUUUUCACUGGAUAAUUACAAAAUUGGCGAGAAAUUCACCUCAAAACCCAUUUCUAAGGGAAAAGUCUUUGAGAAAGCUAACCUAAUUAAUUCGAUAAACAAAAGCCCAAUUGCGGAAAGUUUAAAUAAUUUGAAAAGUAGAUUGGCCGAAAAUAAAUCCAACAUCAGCAACUUGAAGGCUCGCUUGGCAGAAAGGAAGGACAAAAUGAAAAAGCUUUUGCCAACGACAUUAAAGAGCAGACAGUCCGAAAAUGCAGGCGAAAAUUUACUGGAAAAAUUGAAAAUGAAGAAAAAGAAAUUCAUGGAAGAAAACAAGGAUAUCAAGUCUACUGUAGCAAUGCCCAAUCAUAAAUUAGAUGCGGGAUUAUCAGAAAUUCCAACAAGUGAAAUUACUGAAACUGCAAAUGUAGAACUUUCAAAUAAAGAUUAAAUGUUG